AGGACUACACCCAAGCGCCUGUCCGGUUGCAGCGGCUCCUCUUCGUUGCCUAGACCAGAAGAAAGCCGGGACGUAACGGUGCCGGGGGGGUUUUGCUUGCUGGAGGCCCGUGUAACCACCGAUAAAUACAGCUUUCUCACAGUUUCUUCGUCGUUCAAGUGGCGAUCGUGACUUAGCUUACUUUUUUCACCUUAAAACUAAUUUCACAAACAUGUCCUGGCAAAGCUACGUGGACAACCUGAUGGCCGAUGGCAGCUGCCAGGACGCGGCCAUUGUUGGGUAUGCGGACGCCAAAUAUGUCUGGGCAUCUUUUGUCGGCGGUACCUUUGCCAACAUAACGCCUGAAGAAAUCGACGUGUUAGUAGGAAAGGACCGAGAGGGAUUCUUCACCAGUGGGCUGACCCUGGGCAAUAAAAAGUGCUCCGUAAUCAGAGACAGCCUCCAAAUUGACAACGACUGGACAAUGGACAUCCGAACAAAGAGUCAAGGAGGAGAGCCCACAUACAAUGUUUCUGUAGGCAGAGCAGCCAAAGCAUUGGUUAUUGUCAUGGGGAAGGAAGGUGUCCAUGGAGGGCAGCUCAACAAGAAAGCAUUUCAGAUGUCUGAGUACCUGAGGAAGUCCGGAUACUAAAGCAGCCUGUACCCAGCUACCUAGCAGCUCACCCUUACCACCCUGUUGCAUUUCACACUACUCCAGUCCUAGUUUGUAGUUUUGUUUUUCUGCCUUCUCUUCUCCCCAUUUGUUAUCUCUGUUUGCUGUUUUCUUUUUUUUUUUUUUCCCCUUGUCAUUUCCCCCAACCCACUCACCCCCCCUCCCACUCAAAGCACUUGCUCUGUGUACUCUUUAAUACCCCUCUAAGCACUCUUGAGUUGAUCCAUAGCAAAGAUGAGCAUGUUGCUAACAGGAUGUCAUGACAAAUUUGUACUUAAAGACCAGCAAAAAAAAAAAAUUUCUCGCUGAACACUCAGAGUUAAGGCUUUAGUGUUUAAUUUGAAGCUUAUUCUUUUUAUUUUUUUUCGUCCACAUUAGUGCCCAUCACUUAAUCACACACACUCCCUCCCCGAGCAGCCGAUGCCUUUGGAGCACUAAAGCUCGUCACGUCUUCCUCUGUCGUUGCCCCCACCCACCCCUCCACGUCCUGGCGGGGAGACUGUGCGCAUAUCUCGGACCACCGUCGCUCCCCUCUCUGAUCCAUCACUACAGAUCCACCCCAAAGUCCCUCUUGCCAAAUUUUCACUUCCUCCCUCCCUGCUUCCCCCUUCCUGUUCAAAUCAAGCAAACACUAAACCUCACUGGGCAGUCUUCAAACACUACUCGCCACUCCAGCUCCCAUCCUGUCAGAUAUCACCCCUUAAUCUGUGUUUUUUAAAACAAAAAAUGCGAGGAUACUCUGGGGCAUCACUAUUUGAUCUUGGCGAGAUCAGCCCCCCUCCACUCCCCUGUAGAUCAUCUCGAGCCCACAGUGGAUAGUAAGAAGGGAUCCAACUGAGGACUUUUGUGAUCACCUCUGUCCUUCCAAAGGUGGUGGUGGUGUGGGACUCUCCUCCUGGCAUAGCAGCCCUCCCCUAUUACACGAAAAAUGAAAACCCACGGACAUUCCACAGUAACAACGGCUCAGGCACUUAAUACUUUUGUUUGCCAGCUCCUGUAAUGUAUAUUCUUUAAUUUCUUUUUGUUUUCUUUUUAAAGGCUGCCUUUUUUUUCUCUCUCUCUUUUUUGGACAGACAUCCCAGCAUAUAACCAUCUGGAGUGUGUCCAGUUUGAAUUUCUUUUUCUUUAUAUAGGACCAAGUAUAGUUGAAGGUCGGGUAUUUGUACACUCGCUCUAAAUCAUGUGAAGGAUGGCUGCUUUUUAUUCUUUCUGAUGAAGGAAACACUAACCAGACAGUAAUACUAAAGUUUAAAAAAAAAAAAAGAAGAAGCAUCAGUGGAGGUAAGGGUGGGAGUUUAUGAAGAAAAUGAUCAUUAGGUUUUGUUUUUUUUUUCUCUUAGAAGAAACACACAACUGCAUUUCAGCAGCCCCAUGCUGUGUUGACAACUAUAAUACUGUGGAAUAAAUUGCCUUCUCUCUAGUCAGUUGAGCUCUGGGGAAUCAGUCUGUCCACGCUCAGCACUGCUAACAACGUCCAAGUGGGGGGAAUAAAAAAAAAAAAUAAAAGUAGAAAUGACUCUUAAUGGGAGAUGGGAUUAGUUGGAACAAAGACGCUCAUGGCUGUCUUGUCGAAACUUUAACUGCAGAACCUGUGUAUCCUGUGCCAUAACGUAGAGAGAUCUGUUGCUGUUGUAAAACGGAUUUUUACCCACUGUCCAUGAAGGGGUCAUUUCAUUGGCACUUUUUUUUUUUUUCUUUAUUUUUCUAGCUUCAGCUCCACUGUUUAGGCCUUGUGGGAUAUGUGUACUCAUUAAAAAAGGAAAAAAAAAGAAGAAAAAAAAAACCUGUUUCAAGUCCUGUUUGCCGGUCUAUUCAUUUUCUUUCCUCACCACUUUUUUUUUUUUUUUUUUUUUUUUUCCUCUUCUUACAUCUGGGAUACAGUCUCUUUAAUGCAUUUGAUUUCAUAUGCAUAAAACCAAGAAAUGCCAUAAAUUGAUUUAUCACCUUGUUUACAGACAGAUCAAAUAAAUUUAUUCCAACCAGA